UCGCGAUGGGCGGCCGAGGGUACGGAAGGGAGUCGCCUAGGAGCCGCUGCAGCGGGCUGCUCUAGCAGACCGCUCAGCCUCCUUCUCUCUACUCUGUCUCUUCCCCUAUCUCUCUCUCUCUUUCUUUUUCUCUCUUUCUCCGUCUGUCUCUCCCUCUUCCCUUCGAGCGGGAAGCAAAGGGUAUUUCGCGGACGGCGUUUCGGGAAGAACGACGAAACGUCGACAUUGUCGUCGUCGUCGUCGUCAUCGUCGUCGUCGCUCCUUGACCGUCGUUCAGGUAGGCGGAUAGAGGAAGAGGAGAAACUGGAGGUGGAUUAGUGCCGGGCCUCCGUGUGCGGCCGCGACGUCUCUCCGGGGGUGGGGAUGGAGUCGGAGCAACGAGGACGCACUUCGCGAGCGUCGUCGACGUCGAGCCUCGGACGCGAGGUCCGUUGCGGGUGUCAGUACUACCAGAGCGACUCGCUUCUGCCGGAACGACGUGCUCUCCUCGUCAGACCGUCAUCCAGGACGAUGCAGCAGCCACCUGCGGUCCGCUGCAGCGAGCAUGACUACGAACCGAUCGCGCCGCCGUCGUUGCUGUCGCAUCCGCCGAUGGCACCGGUCGUGCGGAUCACCGACACGGACGUGAUGCCCGUCGCCGACAGCGACGACAGCAUCGACGACCGGGGCCGGCUACCGCCGGAGCUGAUCCUCGACGGCGGCGUGAUCCUUCCGCUGGAUGGCAAAAUCGAGGACAGCGCGAUGGAAGGCCGCGAACUCGGCGAGACCGGCGGCGACACCUCCGCCGAGGAGCUGGAACCCACGGCGCAGCAAUUUCAGGACAGACUUGAGGAACGAUUCCUCUCACCCACCCCUCACACCGAGUCCAGAACCGACGGCGAGGUCAACAUUAGUCAGGUAGACUCGUCGGCGGUGGAGGAGCUAGCGCAUCAGCGCGGCGCCCGCGGCCUACCUCAACGUCUGAAGACACAGGCUGGCAAGCUGCGCUCUCGACUCCGUGAUUUCCAGCGGCCUACAUUCUCGUUCCCGCAGAAACGGCAGAAGCCCGAAAAAACAACGAAGACGACGAAGACGACAACGACGACGGCGCGGUCGGCAACGGCGAGCAGCGGCAAAUCAGACAAGUCUCGCAAGUCUGUGGAGAAGCGACCCAGCAGAAUCGAUCGAAUAAGAACGUCCAUCUCCGAGAAGACGGGGAAAUUCAGCCUGCCCGAUCGGCCGAAAUUCAGUUUGCCCGACAGGUCAAAGUUUCACCUGCCAGAGAGACCGAAGUUCACUUUCCCGGACAAGUCUCGCUUCCACUUGCCGGACAAGUCAAAGUUUACCAUCAAGAAGCCUAACAUUCGUCUACCUGAGGCGUUUACUCGUGUUAAGCGGGCGCCUCCCCUGCGCGAGCAGCAGCAACAGCAUUCGACAGAGUCCACUGCCGGCUCCAAGCGCAAUAUCUUCGACUUCGCCACAUAUCCGCGUAUCUUUGACAAGAAGUCCAAGAAACGCGGUGAGUAUGCGACGUCCUCGCCCAAGGAUUCUAGGGGUCAGUCGGCGGAGAGCGCAACCUUUCCCCGCGCUCGAAAAGGAAAGUCCUUCAGCGCCAGGUGGGCGGAACGUUUCGGAGAUUCGGCUUACGUUCGGGGCCAAAAUCGUCCAGAGGAAGUGACUGGAAGUGACGGCUCUCCUCCGUGGCAUCAGAGCUCGAUGGAGGAACCGCCGAGAUUGUCCGCCAGAACGGAAGAAGAGAUAAUGGCGGCGGCUCGCGCGAUUCCGUGGGAGGAUACGAGAAAGCGAGACCAGUACGACGAAGAGGAGAUACAGUACAUGGAUUAUGAGCAGGAAUCGUCAGAGAUGUCGGAACGGCAUCCUGCACCUCCGAAGAGAUCCUAUAAGUCGCGAAGACGGGAGGAGUCAUACGAACGUGAGCGAGCGAUAGAAGUAGAUCCAAAAUUAUAUGACGAAGAAAUAAAACACGUUCAUCGAGAUGACGUUGAAGAGAACGAAGAUGCGGCAAUGCAGGACGAAUGGCAUGCAGAUCAGCAGAUAAUACACAAGGAGAAAUUCCGAUCGAUCCUGAAGUCGCGAUCAUUGGACGAGGACAUGCCACGAGUUUUGGAGCAAGGAAGAUACGAUGGAGCGUUCAUAGCGGUGGAUCCGAGACUGUUUGGACCGCGCAAGGUGCCGUCCGAUGAGGAGGAAGGCGAAGAGGAACAAGAGCCUUCCUCGAUGCAAUCCGAUCGGGAGCAACAAGCGUCCAGCGGUAGUUCCUACGAUCGAAGGCGUCGCGGGGUGAUAGAGGAGAUCGACUCGGAUGAAUUCUUUUUGCGGGCUAGUGGCAUUAGCCAGGAUGACAUGAACCUGGGCAAUUACUUGACCGAUGAGAUUCGAGAUGCUCUCAGAUCGGAGGUCAUCAAGGCGUUGCAGGGCGAUGAACUUCCACCUACUCCACCUCAACGACCUAAGAGAUCGCGGACUUCGCGAAAGCAGAAGGAAGGUCCAAUGGAGACCGAUGAAACGGUACCACCAGUUAGACCGAAACGAGAACGAUCGACGACGUCGCGACAGAGUCGCGAGGCGUCAAUCGAAAUGUUCCGCGAACGCACCAGGAGUGAUUCCAGAAGCGAUUCCAGACACCGCGUGGUGUAUCAGGCGGAGGGGGAUCAAUCAAAUCUACCGCAGGAACCGUUAGAUGAUAUAGUCGUGGUGAAACCGGUACGCAGAAAGUCGAGGUCGUCCUUACGCAGUCACUCGCAGCCACCGAUGGAGACAUCGAUACUCUUCUCGUCGACACCCGUUACUGCUGUACCCGACUCGUCUACUAUCCUUACAAUUAUACCACCGAUUGUGCCAGUACGCAGAAAGCGUUCGCAUCGAGUACGGGAUCGAAUAAACGGCGACGUCGGUGCACCGAUUUGCAACGGCCAUCGCGACGAUUGGGAGAUUGAGAUCGUCGAAUCCAAGAAGCCGGUGAUUCCAGCGAAAGCGUCGCGAUCACGGCAGUCGUUAGUUGAAUUUGCCGAUGGCGACGUCGUUAUGUCCACCAGUCGCGAGGACAUCGAAAAUUUGGAUGCGCGACUGCGACAGGAGAACGCUGCGCCAGAACCGCCGAUGCCGGUACCGCCGAAGAGACGAUCUCGCUCAAGAGCGACGUCAGUUCUCGACGAGGACAGGACGUCGCAUGGCGCGGAGUCUCUACCGGAGGCCGGCUACGUUGAGGAGGAUAUACCGCGGGAAGAAGAGAACGGUUCGGCGCGAGAUCUCUCGGGUUACGCGAUCGUAGAGAAGCGGGAGAAACUGCCCAGGCCAUUGGUACCCAGAAGAAAACGCAACAAAUUCGCCACGACUCCGAGACCAGCUCCGCCUAAGCGACCUCAACGAGCGUACAGCACUCUAGGGCCCACUAGAACGAAAGACAUUAGCGUGAGGUCGGAAACGAUCAUCGGUACGACUCUAGCAUCAUCCGAAUCUAUACCGUAUAUCGAGGUCGAAGAGGAUGAUGUUGAACAUCGAGACCUCCGUAGCGGUGAAUUUCUCGACAAGAUUCAAGGUCGCCCGCUUCCGGCGCCACCGCGACCACCCAGAGCGAGGAAGGAGCACGCGAUAACCGAACGACCGCGCACUCCAUUCGAAUAUGAGGCUACAGAGGCGACGACGGCAACGCAGACCGAUCCAUUGCCAGACGAUAUGAUAAUCGAGGAGAUCACUCAGGCGAAACUCAUAAUGACACCUUCUAGAUCAGGUUCACAGAUAAUGGUAUCGAUGGAACGUAUACCCAGUCCAAACGUAACACCUCCUGUACCUCCGUUACCGAUGUCACAGUUUCUGCGAAAAGAGGAAGAGGAAGAGGAAGAAGAGGAAGAACAGCUUCCCGGAAAAGAGGACAUUCGAAUAGCAUAUGAUACAAUGUCACUAACGUCACUGUCACCCACGAGAGAGAUCGACUUAAAGGACAAGCACAGAUCGGCGCCGCAUCUAGAGGAACGUAUUAUUACGGAAGACUCGCAAUCGCGGCCUCAAGUCAAGCCGGCUCUGUUGUCCGAUGAACCACUGAGAAUCAGCAGUCUCGAGGUUGGAGAUUUAAAGGUCGAUCGACUGAGCGUAUCACAGAUAGAAGCACACAAAAUUGUAGCGUCCGAGGUGGACGCGAUGAUGAUUACGGCGUCGGAAUUGAGAGGCGGCGAUUCCAUGGAGGAAAGUUUCUCACCGGCCAUCAUUAGAGAACUGAUGGCAAUCAGAAGUCACUUGGAGACCGUAAUGACUACCCAAGUGCAAGAGAAACAUCGCGAAAGUGAGAAGGAGUUUACGAGUCACAAGAUAACCGACAUUCCCAUCAUGGAUGACAAUCAAAUUCAGGAACGACAGCCUCCUUCGCAGGAUGUUCCACUGGAGCAACAACCUGUUUCGCAAAAUAUUCUGCUCGAGCAGCAGCCUGUCUCGCAAGAUGUUCUGCUCGAGCAGCAGCCUAUUUCACAGGAUGUUCCGUCGAAGCAGCAGCUUGUUUCGCAAGAUGUUCUGCUCGAGCAGCAGCCUGUUUCGCAAGAUGUUCCGUCGGAGCAGGAGCCUAUUUCGCAGGAUGUUCCGUCGGAGCAGGAGCCUAUUUCGCAGGAUGUUCCGUCGAAGCAGCAGCCUGUUUCACAAGAUAUUCCGUUGGAGCAGGAGCCUGUUUCGCAGGAUGUUCCGUCGAAGCAGCAGCCUGUUUCACAGGAUGUUUCAUUGGAAACGACGACGCUCAGCGAGAGUAUCGUGAAUGAACCAGCCUCGACGGAAGAUGAGAAGACCGAGGCUAGCGAGGACCAAAAGGUUGUUAAAACAAAUGUAAUAGAUGUCAGGGACAAAGAGCCAUCACCUCCCCUUUCAGUUGCUCAAUCCAAAGAAUUCCCUCCCCCACAGACACUUACGAUAGAUGAGUUAGAAUCCAAGGGUAAAGAUGAAUCUAUCACACAUUUGCUCACGGUAGCUCAAGAUAAGUCCUUACGAAUUUUAGAUUCCGAACAUCCCCUAACUUUGAGUUUGCGAACCACGUCGGAUGAAUCUCGUGCUUCAUAUCCUCCGUCGGAUGCGUCUUCAACCCGAUCCUCUGAAUCGAAAGAGUCGCCGGAGCGCGUCGGUGAACCUCUGAGUAUUUCUGUCCAGACUACUACUGCUACUAUUACUACUACUACUACUUCUACCACUACUACUACCGCUACUUCUACUGCUACAACCGAGCUGAGCGCAACGUCUACGAAUCUUCGUGGCAGCAAAGACAAUGCGUCCGAUAGUAAAGAACAGACUCCUCGCACGUCGAGAUCUAGAUCCCCUUCGCCUAGCAAAGGUAUCGUGCGACAAACCGCGUCUCCAGUCCGUUCGUUACCACCAGCUAUCUCCGUAACCCCCGAUACACCUGAUACAACCGUACCGGGACACGGUGGCACCUCUACGGAUGCUAAACCGCAGCGUGCCGUCAUUUCCUAUUCUUCGGACGUGAGACACGAUAUCCUUAAAGACAGUCAACCACAGCGUGCUGUUAUAUCCCAGUCUUCCGACACGGAACAAUCCCUUACGGAAAAGCAAAGAGAGUCCUCUCAAUCGCCAGUAUCUUCCUUCUCCUUAAGCCCGACUCACUUCAUCGCCUUUCCAGCUUCCGAAAUUCCAGCUCAGUUCUUUUCUCUGAGUGAAACGCCGACGAGUCAACGCUCUGAUACAGAACCUGGCGUUAUAGACACUACGCGGCAACUCCUUCGAGCACUUCGAUUGGCUGGUAUAAAUGCCAUGAGGUAUUUCAUAAGGUAUUUAACGUCUACAUUAAGUACGGACGAUUCGAGAGAGAAGAUCAGAGAAGUGGAAUUAGCGAUAUGCGCCUUGUUACUUCUGAUCGCAGGCUUGAUAAUAUAUUAUUUCGGUAGCACACGGAUUGUAACACAUCAUCAUCACUGGGAUUAUUUUAAUCCACCUCAAUAGCACUUCCGUAAUCCCAUUUGCCUACAUCAUGUACACAAAUUCAUAAAUAAUUCAUUGAUUCGUAGAAAUUAAAAUUUCAUAUUCCUAAUUGUACAAAUUUGUUUUGUAUAACAAUUUUGUCUUGAAGGAAAUACAAACUAGGACACAACAAAGUAAGGAAUUCGAAUGAAAUUAGAGCUCUUGUACACAUGUCAGAAUAAAAUGAAGUGCCAAGUUUGUAAGAAAUAAAUUGUAAUUAUAUAUUACUAAUAUAUAUAUACCAAAUAUAUAAUUAUAAACUUUAAUACUUAAAGAACACUAUUUACAAUGAUUCUUGUAAUAUUUAUAAGUACAAUUUUGUUAUAUAUACAUACAUCACACUAGAUAACUCUCUUCUUAUAACAUUUAAGAAAAAAUAUUAUUUAAUCAAAUCUUUGUACUUUUUUAAUUUGCUGAAGAAUAAUCUUUUUUAAUUUUUUCUACUUAAAAGUAAGUAAAAUUCAUUUUCUCUCUCAUUUAAAGAAUAAUUCAAAGUUUUAAUAAAUAUUUUUAAUAUAAAUAUUAUACAAUUCUGUUCUUUUUUUUUACUACUAUGGCUUUAUAACUUUUCAAAGCGAUAAGAGAAAGAUAUAAGUAUGGUGUUUUUUAAUUACACCAUUAUUAACAAAAGAGAUAAUUUAUUUUAUGAUCGAAAUAGUUGCCAUUGUCAUAAUUGUCAUAUCUAGUAUAGAUAUGAUCAAUACUACUUAAUAAAAUAUCAUUAACAAAAACUUUCCAUGAUUCUCCUAAUCAAAAUUAACCAAUAAGAGAAUACAAAAAAGGAAUUAUAACUUAAUUAAUUAACAAGGUUUGAUUGUAUAACAUUUUUUCUUAUACAUGUAUAGAGAUGAAUAUUUCUAUUAUGAAUUUUGUUAUAAUAAUAAAUCAGUUAUUAUACAGAGAAUACGGACGUUUGGUAUUCGAAUUUGUUGACAAAUAUGACAGAUGAUAUGUGGAGGAAGACAAUAUUAAAAAUAAAUUAACAUACAAACGUUCCUACAUACCACAUAGAUGUAACAAAAUAUCAUAAUGUCAUAUAUAUCGGUAUUAUAUUUAUUGUAUAUAUACAA